AGCUCAGCCUGACGCCGGGCUCGCUCGUACUCGCUCGAGCUUGCGCGCCUCGACGACUUGCCGACUUGCCAUCCGCUGUCAGCCCCUCUGUGAGCGCUCUGCCGGCUCGCACGAUGUCAGAUGGAGAGGCAGACGACAGCACGGGUCCCCUCGCACACCGAGCCGACACUUCAGCAGAGAGCAACGACCCUUGGACACGUUCGGCAGGCCCGAGCCAGUCUGACGCCGCCGAGCUUUACUCGGGCUAUCCUGUGACGCCGACGCCCGACAGGGAGAGCUACGACCCGCUCGCUGCUUGGGAGACCGACGAUAGCUCGGGUGAUCCGGGCAAGGUCACCGUCGUACUCGAGGAUGACCUUCAAGGGUCCUGGCUCGGGAAAUAUCAAGUCUACCGGCUCACUCGCUCGACGACGGGCCAAAUCAUCCGAAGGCGGUACUCCGACUUUGCCUGGCUCAACGACUGCCUGCUCGCGAGGUACCCGUUCAGAUUGCUGCCCAGCCUGCCCCCCAAGAGACUCGCUGUCUCUGGCACCCAGCUCGCGACUGAUCAGGCAUUCAUGGACAAGCGCCGCCGCGGUCUCCAGCGCUACAGUAACGCCGCACUCGCCCAUCCCGUCCUCAGGAGGGACGGCUUGCUCCAGACCUUUUUCUCCACCGAAGUGGCCGAUCUUGCAGCCUGGCGAAAGAGUACGCCUUUCACACUGCAAGAGGAAUCCGUAGAGCGCCCCCUUGCAGCCGGCACGAGGGAGGAGAGCGUUCCCACCGAUCUCGAUGACCGUCUGGCUGCACUCAAGUCUGUCUUGCCUGGCCUCUUGGCUGCAUGGACGCGCGUCAUGGCUGCUCUCGAGACGCUCGCGGCACAACAGCGAGCCGAAAUGGCCGAACAGACCAAGGCAGAGGAAGGCCUCCGCGCUACACUAGACGCUCUGCGGUCAGACGAAUUAGCCGCCAACGUCAGCCAACCACUGCUACAGCCGGUCAGCACGCCCAUACUCGCACUGGCCGAUGCGCUCGGUGCAAGCGCGCAAGUCACCACCGAUCACUUGCACAGACAGACGGAAGAAGCGCUACAGAACCUGAAAGCCCACAGAGAGCUCUUCACAGGCUUCCGCCUCUUGCUCUUGCGUCAGGAUAGACUCUCGCCCGACAACGUUGCGACCCUGAAGCGGCAGAUUGCCUGGGCGACGAAGAGAUCGCAAAAGGCGCAAGAGCAGCGAAAGCCAGGCUACGAAGCAGAGACGCAAAAGUAUUACGACAUCAUCGAAAAGGACCAGAAGACCAUCGAUGUCCUCCUCAAGCGACGGAUCUACAUUCGCUUCUGCAUGUGGCAAGAGAUACUCUACCUCUUCAGGCGAGUCGCGCUCGUCGGAGACUCAGUCAAGCCGAUGGCAUCGCUCAAUCACGCACUUUACGAACGACUGACGGCCAUCUACGGUCAAAUCGAGAAUGCAUUCUAGCGAUUCAUCGCUUCCACCCGCCCGUGGAGAGUGAGUCUGGAACGGCACCGUGACAUGUGCCGCCUUCCUUCGUGCUCGCUGUCAGCUCGAUGACGAUCGUGCUGUUCUUGACGAAGACGUCGCGGAAAUCGACGAAGCAUGUCGAAGGCUGAGCUUGUCCGUUGAUCGUUAUCGAUCUGACAUACAGUUUCGCGUCCA